AUGAUGUUGAGUCACCAAAACGGAAGUGGGAACGAGCAGACAACGCUCUCUGGCACAUCGCUGGAGCAGAGCCACCAGUUGCGCACGCCAUUGCUGUCACCAGUUUCUGAGCAGCAAAAGUCAACAGCCGACUAUGUUGACAAGAAUCUACGGGAUGGCUUCAGUCCAUCUACCAGCUGCUUCGCGAAUCUCAGCGAGUAUUUUCGAUCUUCGUCAACUGGAGCGAAUCCUGCUGAUGUUGAGGCUAGUACUGCAUUUCCGGCCGAGAUCUUUUCAAAGACACCUGUUGAACUUGUUGAUGAACCAAUUUGGCUGCAGCUGCAGUCAUGGCUUCGUGCGCCGUUUGAGGUGUUCGCAUUUGGUUGGAGCGAUCUCUAUGCAUUGGUCUUUGCAAUUACCAUUGGCAUCCCGACUGUAGGGACCUUCGCGGCUGUCGAAGCCAAUGCCGCAGGCUUUCCACAGGCCACGAGCGCGAUUGCAGAUCAGGCGUUGAUGACCGCGUUGGUGAUGAGCACGCUGUUCCUGUUUUUCUCGCGCUUUCAGACCUGUGCGAACGUCGACACCGUGUCAGCAGUCCUGUUGGGCAAGCUAGGCCGGCAAACGGUAUUGCUUCUCACGCGGCGUCGAGACCACGCUAAUGCAACAUCAGAAGCUGGCAUCGAUGUGGGAACAAGCGCCCCUUCAGACGUCGCAGAUCUCAAGAGUGGAACAAGGGACGCGGAGAUCGAUGAUAAUGUAAUUACAGCACACCUUCUGUGCCUCAAUGUCGUUGCAAGCUUAGUUUUCAACGCAGCGAUGUAUUGGCUUGGUGUGCGUCGUGUGACAUUUUUACUUCGUUUCCUGCCCUAUUCCGUCCUCACAGGAUUUAUUGGAGGCACUGGAAUUCUCAUACUACAGAGCGCGAUAGAGCUGGUUCUAGGAUGUAAAAUACCGGAAUAUCUGAAUCAUCUUGCGACGGAUGCGCAAGCCUUGAUGGUAGAUGACCCAGACAACAACGCCUUACAACGAGCAGAUGGCAGCGCGAGCACCGGCGUCGAUGGCUUUUCUUUGAGCACAUCAACCGCGCUCCUGUUCUGCCUCGCGCUCUUUGUUGUGUGUUCGAGAUACGCACAAGACAAGCAUCCACUGGGCGCUAUCUUUGUCCUUGUAGCAUUUGUAAUCGCAUGCGAAGGACUUUUCCUCACGUGUGGACUACCACCCCGCAGUUGGUACCUAGACCUCCAAGGUGGUCUUUCUUCUUCUGAUGUUGCUGUUGCACCAGCAAAGGCCACCUCUGAAACGACUUCUACAGCGACUGCGACGACAUCAUUUGACCCAAGCGUAGUGCAUCUCGCGGUGUCAAAUCCAUUGUCACUUCUGAAAUUUGUUUUCGAUGCGGAACAUUUUCAUUCGGAUGCUCUGUACUUCCCGAGUAGCCUUUUGAGCUACGUGGCUGUGAUGUUGCUCAACUGGUUUCUGCACAUUGCUGCCUGUAAGAAGCUCGUUGGGCCGCGGAGAGAGUGGGAAUGGAAGAGACGCUGGUUUAUCCCGACUUUUCUUGCUACAUUGGCGGACGAUGACGUCGAACCGACCAGAACGUGGACGCGGUACAAUAUCCGUCCUGUUCUAUCUGGGAAAACGUUCAACUAUGAUCAUGAGGCCCGUCCGCGACCUUUUGGUGUUGCAAGUACACCACCAAAAUCACCCCUAUCGGUUCCUUCAAGUCGUGCUAACUCGAAGAGCCAGCUGUCGUCUCCUCACCGUCUUCAGGGUUUUAGAUUACCAACGCCGUCUGCAAGUCCACCUCCACCACACCGCACGUCCGGGAGAGAUAACAGCUUUGAGACUUCUUUACUGGACGAAUUUAACUCCCCAAGUGCAACGACUGCAAAAAUACUGAACGGGGAGGCAGAUGACUACUCUCAGCCAGAAGAGCGUCCUCUGUCGAGAAGCCGGGUCCCCACACUGGCAACUAUCUUCUCGCAGGAGGUGCUCACAAGUAAGGAAAUGGUGCUGAGAAGGGAAAGAACCGACCUCUCGCAAGGAACGCCAGAGGACAUUCGAGGAGUAUCAGGGCGGCAAGAAAAGACGACGCGUACUCGGAAUGCUGGAGGAGGAAAUUCUAAACUCACUUGCUUAGUGCCGACCCCCGUCCCGGCAUCUUCUCGUCGUGGCUUAGACACUGUUUCGCGUGCACGAAGAUACCUCAAACCUGCAGCUUUUGACGGUUUUGCUACUCCAGGUGGCGGCAGCGACGUGGGGAGCGAUGACCAUGACUCAGCAGUCAACUACAGUCACAUGGCAAAGGCGAUGAAUGAUCGACAACCUAGAAUUGAGAGCAUCAGCAAAACAAGGGAUAUUCCAAUCGUGGAGGAUCUCGAGACGGCACAGAGUGGUUUAUGCAAUGUUCUCACUUCGUUUUUCUUUGCGGGUUUGGGAGCGUGCCCGAGUCUUCAAAUCUCGUUAGCGGUACAGGCUCUGAUCGCGAAGUCCUCCUCGAAUUAUGCUCAUUUUGUCGACAGAGGGGACAGCGGCACAAGUUCAAAGAAAGUAGUUGAUGGCGAAGUAGAUCAUGAUAUGGACCGCACCUCAGCAUUUGCGUGUGUAGUUCCUGAGCCAGCACCACCACCAUCCAGGACGGUAACAACAUUCACCGGUGGCAGUACUAAUCGUCUUCUCAAAAGCCAACAGCAGGACGCUAUUCGCAAAUUGAAAAUGCGAAAUCCUGGCGCGACCAGUAAAACGAGAAGCCACGUGGAGACAAAUUCUCUACUGCUUACCCGGCCGUGCCGUCCGCGCGCUUGGCCAUUGUACUGCGUUUUUGGGUACGGACUCGCGUACAUCCUCACGCCGUCCUUCUUCGUUAGUUUCCUCCCAAAGUUCAUUCUCUCUGGCCUCGUGGUGCUCGUUGGACUCGAUAUCGCGACAGACGCCUUGUGGGACUCGCGGGAGCGGAUAGCCCGACCUGAGUGGUGUGCGCUGUUGGGUACAGCCGCCGCUAUGGUCUACGACAUCACCAUUGGAGUGCCACUAGGCCUCCUGAUUUCGUUAGUGCUCUUUGUCGUGGAGUACGCCAAUCUCACGGGCGUCGCAGCUGAAAGCGACCUCGGCGCAAUGCAGUCCUGUGUCGACUACAAAGUGGAUGAACUGCAACUGCUAAUGCAGAACCCUGGUCGCGUACAAAUUCUGCAUCUGCACGGCUACCUGUUCUUCGGCAGCGCGACUGUGGUAGUGGAACGCAUUCGCGAAAAAGUGCGGGAAGCAAAACGAAAAAUUGAUUUUACUUCCCCUUCAAGAACCGAUGCUUCAGGACCACCAGAGGUGAUCAACAUAGAAGACGCUGUAAAAAAAGAGACCUACCAGGAGCAAGAAUCGCAGCAAUUGCCGACAUUGAUUCUGGAUUUUAGUUCUGUACCAGCAAUGGAUGCGAACGGUGUUUUCGCGAUCGCGGAAGUGGCACGAGAACCCGGCGUGCAGCUCGUUGUGUGCGGCUUGGUUCGCCGCCUGAGGAAUGCACUACAAAACGCAGAUGCAGGACACAAUUAUUUGGUUUUCGAAACGAGCCUAGAUCAUGCGCUGGAAAAAUGCGAGGCCCUCAUCCUGCUAGAAGCUAAACGUCGGAGGACGGAGGGUGCAGUGAUGAAAAGUACUAGUGCUGGUAGUAGCCAGACAUUGCAAAUGCAAGACCCGCCUCCUGCUAGUCGUGAUGGUACAGGACCGACAGAAGAGGAACGCCGCGUGGCUGCGGAGAAGCGAGAAAUAGAACGUACGAUCUGCGAAGUACUGAUAGCAAGCGUCGAGAGUCAAGACAAGGUGGGAAUUUCGGCACCACGAGCGGCCCAAAGGGUGUGGGAACUUGCUUUGAAAGAGGACUUCGACCUCCUGUUUUCCGAGCUCCUCGAAGAGACAUCUCCUCGCCCAGAAGGAAGGCUAAAAAGACCAUCAUCAACAUCCACAUCAACUUCUGGUGCUCAUUCUCCAGAAGGUGUGAAGACCUCGGCAAAGGGAUCCCACCUGGCACGUCUUUUGGCCGGUGUGAGUGAGUUCCGCGUGUACGACGGAGGGAGCUGCGUUUACUCUGCAGGUACUGCGGCAACUCAACUACUCAUUUUGGUUGAAGGUGCUGUCGAAGUCUUCGAGGGUCGCGACUUUUACCAAAACCAAACUCAACCACGGGAACAAGAUCGUGGCUUGAGCAAACACUUGAAUGCUGCAGGAGUACCAAUAACCUCAUCAACCAGCGUGCCUUUGCCUUACAAUUAUAACAGAGUAGUUUAUUGCACACAUGGCGCAUGGAGUGCAUGGAGCGUAGACCCAUAA